AUGGCGACCUCCGCGCCCGUCCCUCAGUCGCAGGACCACCAGCUGCCGGUGCCGCAGUGGAACUUUGCCGUCUCCCCCGUGCCGCCGAACCCGCUUGGGGAGGGCAGGUACAUCAAGACGGCGGCGGCGCUCAUGAUCGGCGACGAGAUCCUGAACGGCAAGACGCUGGACCGGAACUCGAACCACUUCGCGCGGUUCUGCUUCGAGCACGGGAUCGACCUGAAGCGGAUAGAGGUCAUUCCCGACGAGGAAGAGGAUAUCGUCGAAGCCGCACGCCGGCUCGUGAGCAAGUACGACUUCGUGAUCACCUCCGGAGGCAUCGGCCCCACGCAUGACGACAUCACCUACGCCUCGCUCGCCGCCGCGUUCGACCAGCCGCUCGAGCACCACCAGGAGACGCUCCGGCGAAUGACGGAGAUGAUCAAGGCCCGCGCGGACCUCUCGCAGCAGACGGCGGAGCAGCGCAUCGCGCGCGAGCGCAUGGCGCUCUUCCCCGCGCGCGCCGAGGUGCUCUACAUCGCCCCGGACGUCUGGGUGCCGGUGGUGCGCCUCGAGGGCAAGCUGUGCGUCUUCCCGGGCAUCCCGAAGCUGUUCGAGCGCAUGCUCGCCGGCCUCACCGCGCUCCUGCCGCUCCCGCCGCCGAGCGAGCGGCCGUUCCGGCAGCAGAUCUUCACUACGAUGCCCGAGUCGUCGAUCGCGCCUUACCUCACCGAGCUCCAGGCGCAGACGAAGGCGGAGGGCGUCCGCGUCGGCUCGUACCCGCUCUUGCAGAAGGGUGUGUACGUCUCGCUGAUCGGCCGCGAUCCGGACGGGGUGCGCAAGAUUGCAAAGGAGGUUGUGGAGAAGCUCGAGGGGCGGCUGGUGAGCGAGGAGGAGGCGCGGAAGGAGAAGGCGGCGCUAUAG